AUGUCUCUACACGUUUCAAAGCUGGAGCAUUUAUCAAAUGAAUUGCAGAUUAUUUUGUUAAAAUAUCUCAACUUCUACGAUCGUUAUCUCAGUUUUUUUGGAAUCAAUCGUCGAUUUGAUUUACUCGUUAAACAUUUAACACCGACGAAAAUUGACAAUGUACACAUAAAACAAGAUAUUGAAUUACUUUGCCCAAGAGAUGGCUAUAUUCUACACGGCACAUAUAUGUUUUUGCCCCAUCUUGAUUGCAAUCUUCGUCGAUUGAAAUGGCAAUUUUUUCCAUCUGAUAGAACGCCUCAAUGUAUUCAUCAAAGGAUUCGACGCGUUUGCGUUCAUCAUCUUGUCGAUUUACAUUCAUUUUUCUCCGCUCGAUUAGACAUGAAAGAAUUACGUAAUAAAAUUUCGAACUUUAUUGACGAAGAUCCUCCAGAUUAUUAUGACUGGGAUACUCCAUUAUAUUAUACACGUCAGGAAUUGGAAUCUUUGUUAGAAGUGGCGAAAAAAAAAGUAAAACAUGAAGACGAAGAGAUUAUGCGAGUAGCACAAAAAAUUUGGACAGAAUUAUUAGAACGAAAUCUUAUCAAGCACUGUUUUGAUUUUUAA